CAACCACAAACAGUGUUAACGAAGCCCGAUCAAUAAAAAUAAAGAGUUACUUGGUUUUAAUUCAAGAUAGCUUUAAUAAGUAUCGAUAAGAAGCGAUAAUGAAACCAAUAAACUUUCUGCUUCCCUUCGCUUAUGAUGUUGUGGUUGAAUAAAACAAAUAAUUGCAAUUCAAGACCUCUGAUUGGCCCAAAAUUCAUGUACCUAAGUACACAUUUUGACCGAUCUCCGACCCCGAUCCCAGAGCUUGGGCUGGUGAUGUCAAUGAACCCCCAGCUUCACAAAAACCACCAAAUCCACAUACAACCAAACUCUCAAACACCACCAAUUCCCACUGCACCACGUCGAUCAACACCAAACGACCCUCUCUACCUCUGCAAAAAUGCCACCAAGACCAACAAACUGGGCAAUGUGGGGGAAAAUGACUUUAGCGUUCGUCUCCCCUCCAUCAAUCUUGCCCCUCCAUUCUAUUUCCCGCCCCUCUACUCACAUACUCUUUGUAUAUUUACUAACCCAAUGCUCUACACAGAUUCAUAGGCUGCUCCGUCGGCGGCCCAGCCCUAGUCUACUACGUCUCCCCCACCGAAGAAGAGCUCUUCCAAAAAUACAACCCCGAGUUACAGCGCCGAAGUUUGGAGAACCGGAUUGGGAAGCAGGAGGACUUUGAUUCGUUUGUGGGGAAGCUGAAGGAGUAUAGUAAGAGUGAUAGGCAUGGUAUGUUUCCCUCUUUUCCUUGUGAGGGAGGUUGUGGGUUGUAGAGAUGGGGGGAUUGGUCGCUAGAGAAUGCGCAUGGAGGGGAAAGAUUCUGGGAAUGGAAGGCUGAUGGGUUACUUUUUGUAGUUUGGGAGGCUGCGGCUAUUGAUGAGGAUAGUAAGAGGGAGGGGAAGCUGAAGGAGCAGAUGAAGUUGGUGGAGGAGAUUAGGAGGAGGAAGGAGGAGAUGAGGAAGGAUGGUCAUAGGGGGGUUCCUGGUGGGAGUUUAUAGUGGUUGCUUUGGUGGAGGGUGGAAUAUUCGACACGGGGCGCAAAACAGUAAAAGCGCUAUCGUCUUGUUAUUUCAGGGUAUAGGGUGUUGGGAGCAAGAUCUGAGAUUCGCGGUUGUACCCCUACUCAGCUUGGAGAAAACUGGCGUACAUCAUGGCGUUUGGGAAAUUACGGAAUCUGGGAUGUAAAUAUAUUUUUGUAAGAUUUGUGAUUC